AUGACUGAUGAGUGUGGAUUUGUCUAUAUGGAUGAUGCGUCAAUCGAUGAUGAAUUCAAAUGUUUGAUUUGUAAUGAACCAUUUGAAAAAGCAACAUGUACACCUUGUGAUCAUACAUUUUGUCGAUUAUGUAUCGAACAAUGGUUACGAAAGAAUACUGAUGAUAAUAAAUCAUGUCCAAUUUGUCGUCAUUCAUUAUCAAUAGAAGAUGAUUUAAAACCAGCAAGUCGUCUUAUUACAAAUCGAAUCGAUCGAUAUCUAGUCAAAUGUUUAGCAUGUGACCUUGAAAAAAUUCCACGUGGUUCAUUUUCAGAUCAUAUAUCAAAGACAUGUACCAAGACAGAUGUUUGCUGUUCGGCAUCCGAUAUAUUAUGCCCUUGGAUAGGACCAAGAUAUCAACUAAAUGAUCAUUUAAAAUUAUGUCCAUAUCAACAAAUCCGUCCUAUUUUAGAACUCAUUCAAACAAAGAAUACUCAGCUUGAACAAGUAGUCACUAAUCAACAGCAACAAAUUAUCAGUAUCAACGAACGAUAUCAAGCACAACAACUUCAGAUUGAUGAGUUAACUAAAACUGUUGAUCUUUUAAAAGCUCAUAAAAACAUUACAAUAAAGAGAACAAUUAACUUCGAUGAUUUAAUCGAGCAAUAUGAUGAACUUGAUUCAUAUUACCCGAUUCCAUCUAAUUAUGCUGGUUUUACAUGGCACAAUGGUGCAUUUAUGCCUCACCAACAUGGAAAAAUAUCAUAUCCAAAUACUGGUUUUGACACAGCUUUUAAGCAAAAUAAUAAAUGUGUCAUAUUUAAUUUUGGUUGUCAACCAAUUACAAUGUGCGAUUCUCGGAAUACAUUUUCUAUUUUAUCCUUUGAGGCGACGUGCGCUUUUCAAGAUAAAGUCAUUUUAACGGUUGUUGGUCGACGUGCUGGAAAGACAAUUCACACAAUAACUUUUACACUUCGUUACCAUGAAUUAAAGACAUUUAACUUGAACUGGGAUUGUAUUGAUGAACUAGAAUUUUUACCGAAGGGUGGAAAACAACUUCCAACAGUCACAGACACUGAUAGACACGUCAUUUUGACUUGUCUAAAUUUUAGUUGA